CCGGAAGUGUGUGUCUAGAGUCGGUACAUUAGGAAAAAGUUCAUGCGGAUAGGGAUCAGAUUCAGUGGUGAGCAAGAGCAAGAGAACAAUUUCAACAGAAUGAUGCCUAAAGCCAAGUCAGCAUCAUAACGCGAUUUACAUUAAGAGAUAAGAAGCGUUAAAGAAGGUGGUUUAUCAAUAAUAUCGCAGGGACUACUAAGAUUUAAAAAAUCUAAUUGGUUGCUGGCAUAACGUUAGCUGCACGUCUCCCGAAGUAACGACUGAUCAAGAUGGCUGACUCCAGCAGCAGCAAACCCUUUAUGGUAACCUCCUCGGUUUCCCUCAAAGUCACCGCACCUUCUUUCUACAACCAACCCAAAAAGUUUGCGUCUGUCACUCCUCCACGCCCCAAAGGACAGGCGACUCAAUCACAACCCUCGUCGUUUAUAAGCACUGGUGUAAUUGGACGAGUUGGAGAGAUGCCCCCACCCCCUUCAACUAUUUGUGAAGAUUUCCCGCCCCCUCCUCCUCCUCCACUGGAUGAUGCCGAUCUCCCAGCCCCUCCUCCUGAAUUACAGACCGCACCCCCUGCUCAUGACGUCCCUGCGUUCCCAGCCCCACCCCCGGUUGCAGAUGACCUGCCCCUUCCUGCACCUCCUGAGGAGUUUACCUCUGUACCUUCUGCCUCGUUCCCUCCUCCCCCACCUCCUCCUCCUCCUCCUCUCCCUGAGACUGGUCCAGGUGUCGCCUCACAGAGGCUGCUGGAGAAACAGACGAGUUUUGACAGGCAGCUGGGCUCUUUAACAAGUAUGUUAUCAGAGAUGGAGACCAGUGGACCUUUUAACCCAAAGUUACCCAGCCAGUUUUCAUCAGUACCUGCGCCAAAGCCGGCUGGACCUCCACCAACUGCCCCUAAGCCCAACCUUUCCUUUCUACCCCCUCCUGAGCUCCAGGAUCGACCACCUCCUGCCCCUUGGGCUGAGGAGCUACGUGCCCGUGUGCGACCGGCCCAUCAGAGUCCCGCCCCUGCUAAAAGCCCAGCCGUUGCCCCAAAAACCAACUUUACUCCCAGUCAGCCGAAUUCGAAUUUCGGUCCUAAAACAGUGAGUCCUGCACCAUCCGGAGGUGCAAGAGGAUUUAACAACUCUGUUAAACCUCCCACUCAGACUUCUUUCCCACCUCCCCCUGCUGCUCCUCCUGCCGCUCCUUCUGCAGCUCCACCUACCCGGGUUGCUCCUCCAGCAAGUGUUCCACCUCCGUCUGCAGCUCCUCCUACCCGGGUUACUCCUUCAGCAAGUUUUCCACCUCCUCCUGCUGCUCCUCCUGCCGCUGCGGCUCCUCCUACCCGGGUUGCUCCUCCAGCAAGUGUUCCCGCCCCUGCACCUGCUUUCAAUCACUCUGGAACAUCCUCUUUUGGUAGUCAACAAAGUGUUGCUCCGCCUCCUCCCUCUGCACCUCAGCCCAAGACAGGACCCGUCUCAUCAUUUAACAGACCUGCAGCAAACAGUGCUUCACCUAAGGUGUCUGGUGGUGGUGGUGGAGCUCCUCUCACUAUGAGAGAAGUGGAAGAGCUGGAGAAAAUGACCAAAGAAUUCAUAAAAGACAUGGACAAACAUCCAUCUGUGACCCCCUCAGCUGCUGCAGAUGUGUGCGGUAAAUGCGGAGAGGCUUUGUCCAGAUCUCAGCCUGCAGUGAGAGCCAUGGAUAAACUCUUCCACUCGCAUUGUUUCUGCUGCGUGACUUGUCGGCGCCCCCUGCAGGGCAUGCAGUUUUAUGAUCGUGAUGGCACACCCGAGUGUGAGGACUGCUACGUGAACUCUCUGUGUGUGUGUUCCCGCUGUGGGGAGCGGAUUACAGAUCGGGUCCUGAAGGCAGUGGGCCAGUGUUUCCAUGCUCACUGUUUCCGAUGCACUACCUGCAGCUGCACACUGGAGGGCGCUCCGUUCAUCACAGAUGAUAACAAUAACCCCUAUUGUGUCAAUGAUUACCAUCGCCGUUUCUCCCCACUUUGCGUAAGCUGCAAUGAGCCGAUUGUUCCCGACCCUGGAAGUGAAGAGACGCUCCGGGUCGUUGCCUUAGAGAAGAACUUCCACCUGAAGUGCUACCGAUGUGAGGAUUGUGCCCGUCCCCUUUCCAUAGAGGCGGACGCUGAUGGCUGCUACCCGUUUGAUGGCCGAAUCCUGUGCAUGAAGUGCCACACCACUCGUGCCAAGCAGGCCAAACAGUGAUUGGUGGACACUCGCCACAAACCCUACACCAAAUUAAGACACAAAAUUGGCUUUGCUUUGAUAAUGUAUUUGCCACACGGCUCUCUAAAUGUGUUUUUAUAUUUCUCUCCUUUUCCAAUGUAACAUUUUUUUCCACUUUUCUUUACAGUAUGUUUGUUCAUCAUAUAUUUAGCCUGUUUUUCACAAAUAUCUGCAGCUUGACAUCCUCUCCAGUUUCCUUCAUAAAAGGGGCUUGAUAUGUGUAGUGCCUCCAUCUUUGCUUUAUAUUCACUGAAUGUUAGGCAUACAACACAAUUUAACCCCUAUUUUGUUUGAUAUGCAAAUUUGGACUGAACUUUGGAUUUUUACUCUAGGUGCAGAUGUAAUGUAUUGCACUGCUGUUUUGGUUCAGCCAUGUGACUCCCAGCAUGCCUUACACAAAUUUCAAAACAUUUAUAAAUUGUAGCACAGCUGACUACUGAGGGACGACGAAGUCUGUAUAUCCACAGCAAUUCAUGCACUUUCGACAGGGCUUUUUUCCAAACGGACCUUAUAAGUAAUGUGAGGAGUCAGGGCCUAAAUGUAAAAAAAACCAUUGGGUGGGAAAGGGGGGAAACAAUAUGAUUUGUUUAUUUGCUAUGUGUGAUUCAUUUAUAUAAUAGUUAGCCUAUAAAUGAACAAAUAUUUUAAAAAGCACACUUUAUGACUUAAUCAAAACAUGGGUUGAUAGUGUAGUAUUGCCUUGAUGAUCAUAAUGUUUGCCGUACCCGUUUCCAUUCUUUUCUAUUUUUUAUUUUGCCAGAGGUAUUCAGCAAUUGCACAAUGAAACUAGAUGUAAUCGUUAAAAAGUGUUUUCUGAAUCUGUUGUAAUAUCACAGACCGAUUGUAAUAGUCUAUGUAGACACAGCUUUUUAAAACCAGCCAGAUUAGGGAUAAAGUAGUAUUAUUUGCACAAACGCUUCAGAUGAUCCCUAAACUCAAACCCUCUGGAUACAUACAACAGAAUAUAUGCUUAAAGCUGUGAAGAUCAUUUUUAUAAAUGCUUGGUUAAAAGUAACAGUGUUACAGCAAACGCAUGUCUGAAUGAAUUACAUUUUUACAUAAAUGUUUUAAACACUCAGGAGUCCCUGUAGUGCACACACUUCCAGCAUUCUUGAUUCAGUUCUAGGAUUUGUUUAUUUUGUAUUAAAGAUGCGUACUCAAGAAUUGUCUUGUUUCGGUCAGGCCGACACUAUUUUAGCUUUGAGGAUGGCACAUUAUUACACACGUAUGCUCUUUUCGUCUGACUCUGCACCUAUGUGUGCGUCUCUUCAUGGCUUUAUACCUUGACUCUCCAGUUCAAGAAAUUCUAGUGUUUGUUGCGGUCAAUAUAAAACAAUGGCAAACAUCUAAUGCAUGAUUGUUGUUGUUGUUGUUGUUAUUACAGUGUUUUUAUGGUUGACUCUUAUUCAUGCUGGUAUUAUCACAAUACAGAUUCAGUAAGAUAUGAAUCAUUCAGUAAUAAUUUAGCCUUUCAUGUAUCAUUUAUAUCAGUGCUGAACAUCUAAAUUCUUCUGUAAUAAGUGAAUGUAUGUAUGUUUACGGUUAAAAUGUAUGCCAACGUGUUAUUUUUGCUAUUGUCUGUUUUUUUUGCCACAUUUUUACUGUAUUCUGAACCAAUAAAAAUACAAUUCUGAAAGAUU